GUUUUAAUCAGUCUCCUUUUUCGAGUGAGCAAGAGAACAUCUUAACCUGUGCCACAUUUAUCAGCCAUGCCACCUUGGUGAAAUAAAUUUUAUGUGAUUUUUAUCAUUUUGUGCUUCAUCACGGCUAAACACGUAUACCCUUUACAAAAGGCAAAAGGUGAAAGGCUAUUAAGUGACAACAAAACUCUUUGACAUCGGGGUAAAAAUGAACAAAGAACUUUGAAGUUGUUAAAAUUGAUUUUGAGAAACUGCUGUCCAGGCCAUUACAUCAUUGCUAGCUCGAGUUUCUAUUAUCACCAGUAAGCUCUUUCAAGAAGGGACCCACUUGAUACAAAGGCUAUUAUUUGCAUAAAUUCUCUGCACAGAGCAAGUUGUACCCCAUUCAUAGAAAACUCUUUUUGAAGACUGGGACUUGUUUAAUAACCCAGCACCAUGACGGGCGACGGGAGCGGAGCAGCAUACACCCGCUUUGCGGAGGAAAUGGACAUUGAUACGCUGGAUCUUAAGGUCCGCGACAACUACAGUAACUACGGUCGAUGGCCUGCCAUCAGGAGAUGGUGUAGCCAUCACAGGAAGACGAUCGGCCUUCUAGCCUUUGCAUUGUGCCUAUUCUUUGUCGGUAUCGUGAUUGGACACUUUUUGCACUAUGUGGUCGUGGAGCACUGUGAAACCGAAACACACAAUGAGACACAUACCACACCUGUGCCACCUCCUACCACGGAGCCAGCUCCUCAUAGUAAUUACAGUGAUAUCCUGCACACCCUCAUCAUGAAUGAUACGUUGGAUUCGUAUCUAAAACAAUACACACAGCGGCCUCACUAUGCAGCCUCUCCUGAUAGUGCACAGAUCAUAGCGGGUAUAAAAAAUGCCUGGACAAGUGCCGGGGGAUUCAAGGUUUACACAAAGAAAUACCAAGUCCAGCUAUCUAGACCGAACAGGACCCAUCCCACACGUUUUGAUACAUACGGUAACCCUAGAGAUUGCUGUAAUACUACGUACUACCCAAACGAUGACCCAGAAAACAAUCUUCUACCAGGUUUUAAUCCGUAUGGAGCAAACAUAGAUAUUGAGGCAGAUCUGGUUUAUAUCAACUAUGGAACUUGGCGCGACUAUAUAACAUUAAAAGAAAAAGCAAACAUCCCCCUUGAAGGGAAAAUAUGCCUCGUCAGGCAAGGCAAGCUGAACAUAAGAUCAAUUGCCAGGGCAUGCCGUUAUCAUGGUGGGAUAGCCCUCGUGGUGUUCCCAGAUACCCUUCACUACACCCCAAACAUCACCAAGGAUGCUGACCCCAACACCUGGUGGCUACCGGUCGAUGCUACCAUCCGCGACCCGGUCAGGAUGGCCUUUGGUGACCCUCUGACACCGUUCCUGCCUUCUCUCGAGUACGGUUCUGUGAAUGAUUCAGCGCAAGCGUCAAAGCUACAAGAAACUAUUUCUGAGGAUGUCAACGAUCCAAUGGACUUUCCCAUACAGACCAUCAGCUAUGAGCAAGCAAGACAAUACCUUGUCAACAUGUCCUAUCCACCAGCUCCACCUGAGUGGCAGGGUAUCAAGCUUAGAAACCACACCUUCAGAGUUGGACCCGGCUUCAACUCCCACUCCGAGAAGUUCAAGAUGAGGGUCAACAACGUCCUCACAACGGAAACCAUCACAAAUGUCUUUGGGAUGAUCAAAGGAGAUGUAGAGCCAGAUCGAUAUGUUAUUAUUGGAAACCACAGAGAUUCACUGACCUAUGGGGGAGUAGAACCAGGAACUGGAACAGCCAUUUUGAUGGAACUUGCUCGUGUACUUGGAGGACUCUAUAAAAAUAAUGGAUGGAGGCCGAGGAGGACUAUUAUUCUAGCCAGCUGGGACGCAGGAGAUGAUGGGAAUAUAGGAUCAGCGGAAUGGGUGGAGGAAAAUGUUGAGGUAUUACGAGAGAGAACGGUCGCCUACAUAAACCUCGAUGGUGCCGUGGAAGGGAAUUACACGUUCUCAGCUUCAGGGAGCCCUCUAUUGACGGAGAUCAUAUAUUAUGCUACCAAGAGGGUAAAAUGCCCGCAUGCAGCCCAUUCUAACAACAUGAGGGUCUAUGAGAACUGGGUGAAGAAAAGACCCAGUCAAACAGGGGCAGAGAUUGAAGCUCUCGGCCUUGGUAAUGAUGCAGCCCCAUUCUUACACGUUGCAGGAGUGCCUGUACUGGAUCUCAAGUAUACAUACGAUAAGGAAUAUUACGGGGGCAUUCCCACAUAUCCUGUCAAGCACACGGCCUAUGAUACGUAUGACUACGUGAAGCGUUUUAUCGACCCCGAUAUGUCGAUACACGUUGCUGUUACGGAAGUCGUUGCCGAGGCACUUCUCUCGCUGGCUGACGAUCCCCUGCUCAAGAUUAACGUGGUGAAUUAUGCAGACAAGCUUGUGGAAUACCUGAGAGAAUUAAACCUGAAGAACUUCACUGUUCCCCUUGAUGAAGGUCUAGGUCACCUAAGUCAAGCUAUCCAGAAGUUCGCUGCAGCUGCCCAGGAAUUCCACAACCAAUACUACAUUCCACCCGAUCUUGUUGAUGAAACCCAUUUACGUGAGCUGAAUGACAGAGUGAUGUUGGUUGAGAGAGCCUUCUCUGGGGAUCCGGGCAACUAUUAUCUACCUCAGCUCAGACAUGUGGUAUAUGGCCCCUCAAGGAACGGGUACGACGGUCAAGGUUUCGGACCCUUGACCAGAGCCCUCUACAUGGCUAAAUGGCUCGACAACUGGGAACUGGUCCAGCCCGCCCUCUCUGGAACCAUAGCAAGGAUAGAUUCUGCCGUUCAUCUCUUGACAGGGACUCCUUUAUCCGCAGCCGUCCCACUCACCUAAUGACUAUUCUGUUGGAGAAAUAUGUAUCUCAAUGAGAUGUCUUCAGUGAGAGCGACUUGGUAAUGUACAUCUCUGCCUUGUCUCAUUCAACAAAACUUUUGUGAUGAACAAUUUGUUAUAGUCUUGGAGAGAGUGAUGCUAAGCAUCAAGGUUCCAUGAGACAUUCAAGGGUGUUAACAUCUAAACUUAUGAAGCAAACAGUGGAUUGCUGCGAUAAAUUUUUAUCAAGCACAGUUUACUCUAGUAAGUAGAGACCCCCCCCGCGCUUUAUGUUUCUUAAAUGCCAAUUCUGUGUUCUAAACACCACAGUACGGUGACAUCUACCAAACAAUAUGAUGAAGCAAUUAUUAUGAAUUUUUGAAAUCCGUAAAGAAAGUUCUGUGCAUGUAAAGCUCUUGGAAACACUACAAACAAGUUUAUUCGGCAGAAUUUUCACUUGUGCAUGGUUUUGUUAUAUUGGAUUAUUCUUUGAAUUUUAUCAUUUUCACUGUGUUUGUUCUUAAUUCAUUUAUUUUGUCCUGGAAAAUUUUGUUUUCUAUCAAAUUCUGUCAUUUGUUUCUGUUUCCUGUAUCAGAGAACACUAUGGACUCUACUCUAUUAAAAAAAAUCAGUUUAUUUAGGUUUACUUUAUGCAAGUCUUGGUGACAAAAAUUGAUGUGCUUCAUUCGUUUAUUUACCCAACUGAUAAUGGUGAAACUUCAUGUCCUCUUGAGAAGGGAAAACACUUUUUUAUUAUUUUAGCCAUCAUUAUUUUAAAUGGCACAAAAUGCUUGCUUGACAUCUCUUUUUAUAAAUACUGCCAAUGCAAUAAUUAGAUAGGGUAUUUCUCAUUUUUAUUUUGUACUAUUUUUUAAUUGAUUUGAUCUCUUAGCAUUGGACAUUUUGGGGCCUGUGGUCUAAUGAAAUAUAAGCAUAUUAGCCCUGAAGUUCGAAAUCACCUUUUUAUCGAUAAUGUCUUUUUAUAAGCCAGGGGAUAUUAUUUUUUGUGUUUCAUUUUUUUUAUGACACCAACAUUUUUUCUGGUAUGAGAUUCAUGUUCCUGCUUCCAUUCUGCAUUCUCUGGCACUUAUUCUAUCCCUGUAUUUUCAAAUUCUUUUUUAAAAGUUGUUUUAUUUCAAAUUAUUCAAUGCCAGGCGUGCUUAGGGGGUUUUCUUUUUUAUAAGAUUAAUCGAAAGCCUUUUGUGCUUUACUGAUUGGCCCUAUUGCACUUUGACCGAACUGGGGUCCGUAACACAAAGAUAAGCAAUGAUCAUAAACACAUUUUUCUGUGAUUGAUUGCAUUGACUACAAUGUACAAUCAAUGGUUU